AUGAACGGAAUUCGAGGCAAGUGUAUCUGGUUAAAUAAAAAACAGUCCCCGCGUAGCAAGCGCCAGUGGCUGUCAAACUGUGAGAAGCGAUAAUGAUGAUAAUAAUAAAUGUGCUGAUCGUGCUGCUGCUAUGCUGCCAACCACAGUCAGCCUUGCCACAGUUCGACCAGCAGCCGGAGGCACCUGUGGAACUGGACGUGCUCAGCUGCCCGUUGAGCUGUGUCUGUCAAUAUGCCGCAUUCAAUGAGCUGCCCAUAGCACGCUGGGUGAACUACAUGACCAGCGCGGAGGAAGGACCUGAUGACUCCGAUUUCCCAUUGACUACCCACAUCAAACUGGCCACUUGCCUGCUACAGGAAGCCAGUGAGACGUUGGCUUUGCUCAGCGCUUUGCCCAUUGAUUUGCAGGCUUUAGUCCUUCUACAUACGGGCAGCCCGGAUAGCCAAUUGACAGUGAAUACGAGCAGUCUGCGUUUUCUCAAUCAGCUGAGCACACUGGAAAUACGCGGCACGGGCGCCACAACGCUGAUUAUCGACGAGCCGCUGGAGCUGCUGCAGCAUGCGAAUUUCGAGCAGAUCCGUUUGCAGGCGAGCGAACGCCUGCAGCGGCCGAAGCACUCGAAGCUGCCCAGCGAUGAUUACGAAUACAAGCCGCCCAGCGAUGUGGCCGGCAAUGAGGCGACGCCCAAAAAUCAGUUGCAAUUCGAGGCAGAUGCCACCGUGGAAAUUAUGAGUUAUGAACAGCAUGUCGAACGACUGAAACAGACGCGUAUGCCCAGCUUUUGGGGCUGGAAUCUACUGGAAGUGUUGCGCAUACACAAUUGUCAGCUGAACGAGUUACACUGGCAGAUGUUCGAUGGGUUGCCACAAUUGCAUCAUCUGAACCUCGAACGCAAUGACAUUGAGGAGGUGCAACCAUUUGCUUUUAGCGGUGCUCCACGCUUAAGAAGUCUAUCGCUGGCGCACAAUGCGGUGUCGCGUUUAUAUUAUUUGGGUCUAGCCGGUUUGCUGGAGCUGGAGACGCUCAAUCUGGCCGAUAAUCAUUUGGAGCGCCUAAGUGAGUCAAGUUUUCCGCCCUUGCCACGCUUACAAAAGGCGGACUUGAGACAGAAUCCCAUAAAGUACAUAUUGCCAGCAACGUUUUGGGUGAUGAACGACACACUUGAACUGCAGCUGGGAAGUGAGCUGGCAGCCCUGAAGCUGCACAGUUGGAACAGCUACGGACAGUUCGAUUCGCUGCACAAGCUGCGCACGCUGAGCCUGACUAAUGUGACCACGCCCAGUUUGGAGCAGGGUGUCUUUAAGGGUCUUCAAGCCUUGGAGCAGCUGACACUGCGCGGCCGCAUUGGCAGCGUACAGUUUGAUGCAUUCGCUGGCAUGGAGCAGCUACGUGAGCUGGACAUGAGCCAUUGUGGCAUUGCCGAGCUGUCCAUGGAUGCGUUGCUGGGCGUCAAGCGCCUGGAACUGCUCAAUUUGGCGCACAACAAUUUGACACAUGUGCCGAAUGGUCUGCUCGAUGAUCAGCAGCAACUGGUUGUGGUGCAGCUACAGGGCAAUCAGCUGCGCACGCUGCCCACCAGUUUUUUUCAUCAGCCACGUCUGCGCGUCGCACGCCUCGACCAGAAUCCCUGGCAGUGUAAUUGCGACAUGAGCAAUUGGCUGCCACGGCUGACAAAUGUGGUGCGUGGCCCCAGCGUGGAGCGCUGCGUGCACGACAUCGAUGGAAAGCCCAUUCUGUGCAGGCAUGUGGUCAGCUACAAGAUGGAUAAGAAUCUGGUGCCGCGUUGCGCUAACUUUAAUGGACGCAGCGUUUACUAUGUGCUGCGCAAGCAGCUUCACUGCGGAGCGCCGCUUAUUCUGACUCCCUCAAGGUCAGGCAACACACGGGGCCUGCCUCAUUGGCUCAAGUUGGAGCUGCAACAACAUCGACAGCAGCAGCAGCAACACCAGAAACAGGGCAGCUCCAACAAGAAACAAUCGCUCAAACGACAACGCAAAGGUCAUUUGUCGCAACGCAACCGUUUGGAUUAUAUAUUAAGGCAAAAGCAACAGCAACGGAAUGAGGAAUUCUCGCAAGAAACGGAAGACAAGCAAAUGUCCAAUGAGAUUUAACAAUAAGCACACUCGCACUUAGAUUAGUCUUAAACUGCAUAUAAAUAUUAAUUUGAACGUUUACUACCACAAACCUAAUUAGAAUUAAUAAAA